AACGAAACCAUGUUGGAAUUUCGCUCAUGGGACGUCGUCCUCCUCCAAAAUGAUGCGUGCCGCAGUUGUUGCCAUUCCAACGUUUGUCCAACCUUUCGCAUCUGCUGAAUAUUUAUGAGCGAGCGUGACGUCAUUCAAGAUCAACCCCAUUGGGCAAACGCCCAUCACCAUCGAGGUGCUCUUUGUUCCCAUGCCCUAGGUGGCAGCACGAGAAACACCACGCAUUUUAAAACAACAAAAACAAACGGAAGUGAGAUUUUUUUUGUUUUUGGACGCAGUGAGAAACAUGUCGACGACCUGAGAGCACUAAACUGUCACGGUUGUUAAUAUUUAAUCUUUCCGCUUUUGCGCGUCAACGACAACCCAAGCUCCGAAUCGGUGUAAUCGCGGAGCGUUCUGUUUGUUAGCUUAGCCUGUUAACUGCUAAGAGGCCAACUCCGGAAGUUCGUUUGCUUCCGAAGCCAGUGGAGAAGGCGAGUGGAAACUAGUCAACUUUGGAGAUGUGCAAAGUCCGGAUGCUGAGAGCCUUGGUGAACGAGCGACUCAAUGCCGCCAUGGAAGAAAUCUUUGGACUGUUCGAAAGGACCAUCGCCGAGUACGAGGAGGAACUUUGCCGAUCUAAAGAGGAGAUCGAGCGACAACGACAACUGCUGGACUCUCGCGAACAUCCGGGAAGCUUGGGCGCGAAAGCCAUCAGGACAUGUCAAGAAAAUGAUGUUGCGCCCGAGUGUCUGAAGGAGGCCGAGCCGUCCCACGUUAAGGAGGAGGACGAGAACCAGGACCGGCCCGAGUUCCCGCACCUUCUGCGGGAGGAUGACAUCACCAAGUUCCACGUGAAGAGAGAAGACGAAGAUGACCCGGCUCAGUGGUCACAUCUUAGGAGCAAAGCGGGAGAAGCCCGACCACGUAACGGCUCGUCCCCGCCGUCGGAGCGCAACGAGACGGAUGACGGCGAGGGAAGGGGCGGGGUUUCCGAGGGCGGCCGAGCGUCCCGGGGCAACGAGGCCUUCAUCUGCUCCUUCUGUAGCAAAAGCUUCGGCCGCAAGGACAGCUUUGUCCGCCACAUUCGAGGCCACACGGGUGAGAAGCCCUUUUCCUGCUCCACCUGCAGCAAGAGCUUCAAGUACCGCUACGAGAUCAGCCGCCACAUGAGGAUCCACACCGGGGAGAAACCCUUCAGCUGCUCCGUGUGCGGCAAGACCUUCGGCCGCCGGGAGCACUUGCUGUCACACACGCGAAGUCACACCGGGGAGAAACCCUUCGGCUGCUCCGUGUGCGGCCGGGGCUUUGGCCAGCGCUCGCACUUGGCGGCGCACUCCCGAACGCACACCGGCGUCAAGCCCUUCUCUUGCGGCGUGUGCGCCAACCGCUUUUCCCUCAAGUGUGUUUUGAUUGCGCACAUGAGGACGCACACGGGCGAAAAGCCCUUCGCCUGUUCCGUGUGCGGGAACAACUUCACCCGCAAGCGCCAUUUGUCCAUGCACAUGAGGAGGCACGCGGGGGAGAAAAGUGACGUUUGACGGCCGGCUCUCUCAACCAACCCGAGCGACACCUUUCUUUCUGUACUUAGCCAAGGAUUAAAUCUGGGAAUCAUCAUCUGUGAAUAGUGUGUGUAGGAGGACUUUAGUUUUACCAUUAUCCGUGUAUUUUUUUUUUUUCGCGGUUCUGCUUUAACGUCACUUUUUGUGUGUGCCAAACAGAAACGGAUGAAGAAAAAUCACAGCCGAAGAGCCGCGCUACCGGGAGACCCGGAUUUAGAUCGAGCGGGUCAGUCAUCUUUGAAGUUACUAAAGGGCGCUUCAACCAAACUGGAGGUUUAGUUUUUCUUCGAGUGUUUUGCAGGGGAAAAAAAAAUCACUCUUUUACCAGCACUUUUAAUUGUCAGAUAUAAUAUAUAUAUAAUAAUCAAUACAAGGAGCAUUAUGCCACUGGGGAACGUCCUACUCACUCAGUGCCGAGCCAUUGAAAGAGUGUUAGCCACUGAAGGGCAGACAUCGCAUAUCAGCACCUCUAAGCCCGAGGCCAAAAUUUGAAGAAGAGCUUAAUCGUCACGGCCGCGUAAUGUCGAUCGCAAUUGCAACAUUGAUUUGUCCCCCAACCCUUAACAGCGUUGACAGUUGCCCUAACCCGAAACUGAGAUGCAUGCACGUGAGUGAGCCAGCCCUUUCGUUUGGUACCUAUGGAAAACAAACUAAUGCUCAAGUCUUUGACAAAGUUGAUUUAUGUGGGAAAAUGUGCCAUUAUUGAAUUUUUAUUUAUGCUAAAAUCCCUUUGAAUAAAUUUUGUGUCGACGUGCAUUUGAAAAUUAAAACUACUCGCCUGUGCAAUAUUGGCACAUGUGCUUAUUUUUUGUCAUCCGUCUGCAGCACACCAGAAGCGCUUCUGCAUUUCAGUUGAGGUGUCCCUGCUUUAGUGUAUGUGUUGCAUGCGUCAAAUUGUUGUAAUCGUAGUUGUGUUUUCACCUUUCUGCCGUUAUUAGACAUGAGGAAGUGCUCUCGUCUGUUUA